UAAGACAAGGUAAUUACAAAACUAAUUUUGUAAAAACUAUAAACAUUGUAUUUUCACACAGUCAAACUCAAACUUUUUCACUUGAAAACCAGAUCAUCAUGUUUGUCAUUCCAUGUGCGUAACCUACAUAUUCUUCAUAUUUCCCCUCUGCCAGUUCUGAAGGAGGGAGUUCCUCACAUGGACCGUUCCAUUCAAGUCAUCCUUGUCACAAUAACCAAUAACCUCUCAGCAUUACCUUGUUCCCUUCUUGUCAACGCAUGCUCCAGCUAACUGUUCACUUCUCUGAACACACGAGGGUCAAGUGCAGGUGUGGGCUGAUGCCCACAGUAAGUGGGUUAAACCCAAGAGUCUACAGACUCAGACUCAGAGGGCUGGUCCACUACCUUUGUAAAGCAGUGGUUACAGACGGAUUUCAGCCCCACUUCUCUUGCCAAGAUGCUGUUCCCAACUGGACACAGUGACCAAGCACCGUCCAGCACCGAGACAACUGUACCUACCACAGAGUCCGUGGGUCAGAUGGUGCCAUCACCUCCGACCUACCUGGAAGAAGUGGAGGAGGAGAUUUACACCUCAGAACCGAUGCAGGAACUAAUGGAUGCUCCUCCCUCCAUCCAAGUCCCCAUUGAAGACCUUUACGUGCAGCCGGGCCAAGCAGCAACAUUCACCGCCGUCAUCACCGGCCGACCUGCUCCGAACAUACAGUGGUUCAAGGAUGAAGAUGAGCUUGAACCUGAUGGUAAUAUGGAGAUGGUCCAGCAGGGUGCUCGCUGCUCGCUGACCAUACUGAGCUCCGAGGGUGAGGACAGUGGAACAUACACCUGUCUGGCCUUCAAUACCUCAGGCCACGUCUGCUGCCAGGCUCAGCUCGUAGUUGAAGAAGGCCCACUGGAGUACCAGGAGAGGGAGGUGGAGCUUGGCAAGAGGAGGAAGUUAUUCACAGUUUACGAUAUUCAUGAAGAAAUCGGAAGGGGAGCAUUUGGUGUCGUGAAGCGCGUCGUCCACAGAAGAACUAAUGAAGUCUUCGCUGCCAAGUUCCUGCCUCUACAGAGCAGCACUCGCACCAGGGCCUUCCAGGAGAGAGACCUUCUGUCCCGACUGGCUCACCCCAGGGUGGCCUGUCUGCUGGACUUCUUCUGCACCAGACGCACUCUGGUGCUGAUCACGGAAAUCUGCUGUUCUCAUGGACUUCUGGACCAUUUGUUGCUCAAAGGAUCAGUGUCAGAGAAAGAGGUGCAGUCAUUCAUCCAGCAAAUCCUGGAGGGAGUUGGUCACAUUCACAGCAUGAACAUCAUGCACCUGGACAUUAAACCUGAGAACAUCCUGAUGGUGUAUCCGCCCCGAGAUGAAAUCAAGAUCUGUGACUUUGGUUUUUGCCAAGAAAUAGACACAUCCAGACACCAGUACAGCCUGUUUGGUACACCAGAGUUCACCGCCCCAGAGGUUGUUCACCAGGAGCCAGUCACUGUGGUGACUGAUAUUUGGGCUGUGGGUGUUAUGGCUUUCCUCUGCCUGGUUUGUCGGUGCCCAUUUUCCGGGGACACGGACCGCGCCACGCUGCUGAGAGUCGGGGAGGGAACCCUAAACUGGGACGCUCCUGAUGUGACGAAAAGAAGCCCUGAGGCCCAGAACUUCCUCCAUUUGGUCCUCCAGACUGACCCCGAAAAGCGACCGUCUGCCUUCGAGUGCUUGAGUCACGACUGGUUCCAGGAUGAAAACGCAGGAGAAGAUACUGAUGAAAUAAACACAAGGAAUUUGAAAGGUAUUAUCUCAAAAAGAAAAUGGCAGCGUUCUUUGACCUGCAUUGGGUCAGUGUUGAUGCUGCGGCCAAUCCCUGAGCUGCUGGACGCUCCGCUCAGAGAGACAGCGGUGACAGUUCCUCGAGAACUCCACGAACACAGCAGCACGUCGCCCAGCAGCAGCUCGUCGUCUGAGUACGACGAGGCCGACUCCUGGGACUUCUUCCAACACUACAGCCCGACUGAAGAGGAGGAAGAGGAGGAAACCGAGGAGGAGUAUGACCCCUUGAUGGAGAGAGCUCAGAUCCCCGCGCCUUUCGCCAAACUCCACCCUCUCGGUGCAGAGGAUGAAGACGAUGUGACACUGGGGGAGGAAGAGGACGGACUGAUUGUAGAGAGAAGGAGGACGUUGAUCGAGCGCAGCACGAGCAGGCAGUCCGUCGUGUCUUCAGACGAGUCGGGCCAACAGACGCCUCAGAGGGAGAGGAGGUUCAGCAAAGGCAGCACUCCCUCCCUCUGCAUGUCUGACUUUGACGAGGGGUCUGGAAGCGACGGAGGUCUUAUCCCUCGCGGCAGUGUCAUCAGGAGCACUUUUUACAACACUUCUCAUCAGCUUUCCCCUCUGUCUGCCAGACACAUGACACUACGAGACAAGUUCCAGGCCAAGAAACAGGAGAGAGGUCGUAAACCGCUGAGGCGAAGCCUCUCAGGUCGCCUCAACGAGCCUCUUAUUGAAUAUGUGGAGGAUGAAACCGAGACCAUCCGUGGUCAGAGACGAGGAUCUGUCCAGCCUUCCAUACAGAAGUCGUGUUCCUUCGACAGCGGAGUCGGUCUUGCCCAUAUGAACUUACCCCCUCACAGGAGGAGCAGGUCCCUCGAUGGGUAUUCACGGAGGUCUCCUUCACCCGUGAGAAGGACGGCGGCUGUAGAAGAAGGUGCUCAAAGUCUUAAGGAAGAUUUCACAGAUGGUGAAGUAGCAAAAGGAAACUUUCUGGCGAUCCCGAGUCCUCGGAGACUGACGAGGAGAAGAGACUCCUCCACUCCUCACACUCCAGGUGGAACGUUUGUUCUAUCGAACUUUUUGGCUGGAAACAGGAUGAGCUGUCCUGUGGACCAGGAGGAGACCCCGCAGGGAGAGACAUUCGUGGGCUCUCAGGGGUCUCUGGCUGAAUCUUAUAUUUUAGAACACGACGGCUCAGACUCUUCCAGUCGACUGGGCUCCUGUGAGGAGCUGAGUCGGGGGUCGUACAGGGGCAGAUACAGAUCGGAGGUGAGUGAAGAUGAUCGUCAGGAGACUCUGAUUCCAUCUUCUCCCUGCUCAUUUCAAGAAAUCAAAUCCAGAGGCUCAUUUCCACAAGCACCACCUAGAAAUCGUACCCGCUCCAACCCCAACUUAUCUGCACCCAGCAGAAUUCAACCAGGCCCCUCACAAACGCCCAGUCCCAGUCCCAGCCUCUCUUCUCUCCAGGCCCCAGAACGACCCCUGAGGGCCGGGGACAAGAAGGAAGGUCACGGUCUCCAGAGACACGCCUCCGCCCCAGCUCUGGAGGUCAAGCUGCUAGCAGGAAAAUCACCCAAGCUGGGACUGAUGAAGAUCUUCCGCAGACAGUCGUGGACUGGACAGUCAUACUCCCAGUUGGAGAACACAGAACUGGGACCAACGUUAGGGGAGAUCAUGAAGUCGGACUCACCUAGCCUGUCUCUGAGGAAGAAAAUCCGAGCGUCGGCCUCCAGUCUGACCAAGCUGUUCUCCAGAUCGUCCAGCAGGGAGGAUGUGAGUAAAGGGCCAAUAGUAAAACCAUCGGCUCAGAUCUCAGAUCUUCAAACAGGACUCCAGAGUCCCAAAAAGAGAACUUCCAAAAUUCUGCCUUCUUUCAAAAUACAUGGAUUCAAAAAGACAAAAGCUGAUCUUCAUGUCCGUCCCAACAAACCAGACGUGCUCCAGCUGGAUGGAGGUGGACUCCUGGUGGUCUGGAGACCGGUCAAGUCUAGUGACCCUGUCACAUACUGUUUGCAGUACUGUACAGACGGUGGCGACUGGACCGUCGUGUCAGAGGAGCUGACUGACAGCUGUUACAUAGUCAAGGACUUACCCCCAGGAGCGUCUUACGUGUUCAGGGUCGGUUGCAUCAGCAGGACGGGAGCCGGGCCUUUCAGCGACGCUUCAGCACCGUUUGUCACGGCAACUCAAACUGGAGAUUCUCACAUGUCGCUCAUCCACACUGAGUCCUUAAGGUCAAAGGGCACCGGGUCAGAAGAACAGCCCCCACAUAAGAGCUACAACUUCCUCUCAGAGAUCAACAGGGGUCGCUUCAGUGUAAUAACCCUUUGUAGGAACGUGGAGACCAGCCAAGUGUUCGCUGCCAAGAUCACGCCGUACCAGCCACAGCAGAGACAGCUGGUGCUGAGUGAGUACCAGCUGCUGAAACGGCUUCAUCACCCUCACCUGGUCCAACUGCACACUGCGUUCAUAACCACCGACUACAUGGUGUUGGUGGAGGAGCUCUGUCCUGGGAAAGAGCUGCUCUACAGCCUGGCCCUGAGGGACCUGUACACGGAGGGUCACGUUGCUGAGCUGCUGUUCCAGAUCCUGAGCGCCGUCGACUACCUCCACAGCCGCCGAGUCGUUCACCUGGACCUGAAGUCCGACAACAUGCUGGUGGACGACUGCGACCACCUGAAGAUCGUGGACUUGGGUUCGGCUCAGUCUUUCUCACCCGGGCAGCCGCUCAACAUCGAGCACAUCGAGGGCCUCAUGGAAAGCAAAGGUACUUUUGGACCGGUUGAUAUGAAAGUACAGAGUGAAUUAUCUAAGACAUUAAACCGAGUGUUGUUUUUGACUAAUGUCCUAACACUUUGACUGUCCUGGCCUCAACAGACUGUCGC